AUGAUUGUGGAUCUACCUAAGGACAGAAGUCAUGACUCCAUCUUGGUCAUCAUAGACAGCUUCACAAAAUAUGGCAUAUUUGUCAAAUGUUCAAAGAAACUCAAGGCACCAGAAUUGGCAGAGUUGUUCCUUCAACACAUAUGGGAAAGGCAUGACAUGCUAGAGAAAACAAUUUCAGACAGGGGAAGGGUCUUCAACAACAAUUUCCUCAAGGCCUUACACAAAUGCCUAGGAAUAGACCCCCAUUUCUCUUUGGCCUACCACCCACAAAGCAACAGACAGACAGAGCAGGUGAAUCCUUCCAUAGAACACUUCCUAAGGGCAUACUCAGGAACCAACCAAAAGGACUGGACCAAGUGGCUGCCAAUGGCCAAAUUUGCCUACAACAAUGCACUCCACAGUAGCACUGGAAAAACCCCACUUAAAGCCCUGUAUGGAUGGGAACCAACACUGACCCCAAGCAAUGUGCCCACACAUGUGCCUGAAGCAGACAACCUGGCCAAGGCAAUGGAAGCUCAAUGGCUGGAAGUGGUCCCAAUAGAUUUCAAGAUUGGUGAAGAAGCUUGGCUUGACACCAAGAACAUCAAACUCAAAACAUUAAGCCCCAAGCUCUCAGAACAAUACCUGGGGCCCUUUAAAGUAAUUGAGAAGAUCUUGGAGCAAGCCUACUGCCUAGAACUGCCACCAUCCAUGCAAACCCAUAAUGUCUUCUAUGUUGGAUUAUUGUCAAAAGUUAAAAAGGACCAGAAUUGUACCUUCAAAAACUGCCUGCCACCAGUAACUGUGGACAGAGAAGAGGAAGUCAAAUGGAAGGGUUACAGAUCAGAAGAGAACAUGUGGGAACCACAGGAGAACCUAAAAAAUGCUGGGAAAAUUUUGAAAAAGUAUGAGGAAGAUAUGAAGAAAAAGGCCCUUGGCGCUGCCAAGGCCCUUAGAGGGGGGCAGUGUUGUAGACACACUUGA